CCAGUCAGCCGCGACGCCGAGCAGAAACAUGGGGACGCGCUCCGGCUCCAAAGCUUCUCGGAGAGACGGGGGUCUGCGGACUCCGCCAGAAAAGAAGAAAGAGAAAAAGGAAGUUGAAGAGAUUAUUCCAAUUACAGAGGAACCAGAAGAGGAUGAUGUAUUAAAUGGAGAAGACAUCUUGGCCCUGGCAAUAAAACCAGAGGACCUGCAUAAGCUGCAUGUUCCUCGGGCGCCUUUAAAGGCAAUUCCAACCACCAGUAGAAUACUAAUUCGAAAACCAAAACCCAAGGAAGAAGUGAUGGUGAAAAAACUUGUAGCCAAACCUACACUACCUGUGGAUGAAUUGAGAACUAUGGACUAUUCAGGUCCUGGGGGUCCGAGGUUUGACGCAGAGGGAAGAGUUCUGCCACACAGCAUCCUUGGAAGCUUGGUAGAUUUUAAACAUGGGUUGCUGGCAAGGGGACUUACUGAGAUGGCCAACACAAUCUCAGAACAUCUUUCUUCUGAAGUCAAAUCCCAGAAUUUGCCAGUGUAUGAAAAGAAACCAAAGGAAAUUAUAUAUGCCAAUUUACAUAACCAGGACCAUGCCUUGGCAAACUGGCAGUGGCACAUGGGAGAGCGGAAGAAGACACAGAACGUGUUAUCAAAUCUCCUUAAGAAGCCAGUGGAAAAUCUAGUGAUGAAUCAAAAUGAUGACUUGGGACAGAUGCGACAGCGGUCUAUAUUCAUAGAUCAGACCAUAGCAGCUCUAGGACCUGGCAAGGGUUACCGCAUUGGGAGUGAGUUUUGGAGUUUACCACCAAUGAUUGGAGACGAGCUGAGUGGAGUCAGGACAACACUGAAUCAGACAGAACGUGGUUUCCCACCACCUAUUGUUCACAUCGGAAAACCUCAAACAAUCAAGCAGGAAACUGGUACUGAUUUUCUUGAUGGCAGAAGUUACUCCAAAAAUUAUAAAUCUGAAAAUACCUUCCUGAAACAGCGGUUGGAAGAGAUGAAGAUUGUUUUGAGACAAUUGGACUUUAAAGAACCGGACAUUGAUCAGCUGGAGAUCAUUGGAACUGGGAGGCCCUAUAGCUCAAUGUCUGUGGAACAUUUCCGCAUUCAGGAUGAUCAUUGCACUACACCUAACAAAGAGAACAUUGAAUUGCUGGACACUUAUCCUGACGUCAUUGAGGAACCAAUCAUUGGUCCAUCUAUUACAUUCUGUGGACAUCCGGCCCGUUGGUUAAAGGACACCACCUCUCACAAGGACGAGGUUGGUAUGAUUGUCCGACUCACAUUUGAAGCAAUGGCAGGUGAUAGGGCCAGCUCUUGUCUGGAGCUGGUAAAUAAUGGGACUACUGUCAUCUACUACAAAUGGAAGCGUCUACCUGAGCCAGAACAUUGUGUGAAGCCCCCAAGUGACACUAGGAUACCACGAUUCUACUUCAAUAUCAGUUCAGGAAAGAUUCUUCCUGGAGAGACUAUUAACUUGCCAUUCACCUUUAAGUCACCAAAUGCUGGGAUCUUCACUGAUCUGUGGGAGUUCUGUACCCACCCAGUGCUGUUGGCAGGGGCAUCUUUACAGGUGGCACUGUGGGGUGUGGCUGUCUUUGCAGACAGGAAUGAAGGAGCACGACAACAGUUACAGCAAGAACUUGAAGAGAAGGAGAAGAUAGCCAUUGUUGAACAUGUCCUUGAUGAGGUGGUAGCCGGUGUGCACACUCCACAGCGUUCCCAAUCUCCUCUUGGAAUUUCACUCACUGAAGAAGAAAUAUUUAAGAAAAAGAACCCCAAGCUGCACUACAGGUAUGAAAUAGUACAAAGUCUUAAGGAAUUAUGGAACGAGUGCUUUGUGAAAAGAAAGGGUGAAAAAGAAGCCGAAGGUGAAAGCCAGCAUGGAGAUGUGAACAUUCCUUCUAUCAAGAAACCCUCCAAGGGCGCAGUCUAUUCCCCCAGCAUGAGUUUUCAGCGUUCAGAACCUGUGGAGAAUGUUAAGGCCCCUGAUGAGGACUUACCAUUCAAAGUUCAAACUGUUGAGUCAGAACCCCAGUGGGAUCUAUCAGUUAUUUCUUUUAGACAGGCUGUGCUAUCACUGCUGGAAGAUGAGCAUCUGAAAGAGAAGGCCUUGAAACAUCUGAACCUGAAGGUGCUGGAGCUCUCCGUGGCCCCAAUCAAAAUGCAAGAGGACACUUUUUACAAGAUGGUUUAUCAGCUUUGGUUGGAAGCAGUAGAUGGGCUGGUCAGUAACUCAAUGCGGCUCAGGGAAAUACUGGGCUUGCCUGAAAAGGAAACUGAAGCCAGUGUUGUGGAUGAAACCGCAGAUUCAAGAAAACAAACCAAGAAAGAUGAUAAGAAAGCAACUGACAGAAAAGGGAAAAGAGCAAGCAGAUCUGCGGGCAAGGAGGAUGAGAAGGAGAAACGUCAAUCUGGGAAAAAGGCUCGGAGUAAGGAUGACAAGAAAUCCAUCAGUCCCAUAUCAGCCAGGAGCAGCAGGCUGCUGGCAGGCUCCAAGGAAAAUCUACUGCAAGACCAACAUCAGAUAGACCCCGUCAUACACAAACUAUUCAGGGAGAAGCUGUACACAGAGGUCUAUGGACUGCUGUCAUCAAUGAUGAGGGAAAUUCCCUUUCUCUUUGAGGAGGUGAAGUGGAAGCACGUGGAUCCUGCUGACAAAUGUGUUUGAUAAUUUGUGAAGCCGUUGCAUACAGUAAGAGCUGGAAAACAGAGCUGUCUUUGCUAAUAAGAAUUAUGUAUGUGUGAAAAUUAUAUUAAAAAACUGAUAAAAAAUUAAGCAUUGUGUCUUCACAGAUUUCUUUCCUCUGGCCACUUGCUACAGUUUGGUACCA